AGCUGUGCAUCUCCUCACCCUUCCCUACCCCGUACGGAUCGUCUCUUUCUGGCGCUCUGACGCUCUCUUUCCUGUCUCUGCAGGGUGGCCUGAUUGCUCUGCUCCUGCUCCUGUUGGUCUUCACGGUGGCUCUGUACGCUCAGCGGCGCUGGCACAAGCGCCGCCGGAUCCCGCAGAAGAGCGCGAGCACGGAGGCCACGCACGAGAUCCACUACAUCCCUUCGGUGCUGCUGGGCCCGCAGGCCCGCGAGAGCUUCCGCAACUCGCGCCUCCAGGCCCACAACUCGGUCAUUGGGGUGCCCAUCCGCGAGACCCCCAUCCUGGAUGACUAUGAGGACGAGGAAGAGGAGGAGACCCCGCGGCGGGCAGAGCCCAGCGCCAGGGAGGACGAGUUUGGCAGCCAAGUGACGCGGACCCUGGAGAGCCUGGGCCGGGCUGGGGAGGAGAAACCUGAAUACGAGAAGAAAGCUCCCGAGGUGACGCAGGAGACGGUGGAGUCCCUCAUGCAGAAGUUCAAGGAGAGCUUCCGCACCAACACGCCCAUCGAGAUCGGGCAGCUGCAGCCCGCGCUGCGCAGCCCGGCCCUGGGGAGACGGAAGCGGAAGCGCCGGAGCCGGCCCCGAGGUGGUAUCGGCUUUGGACGUGCCAAAGGAAACUCCGGCUCGGAGGCAGACGACGAGACCCAGCUCACCUUCUACACGGAGCAGUAUCGGAGCAGGAGGCGAAGCAAAGGUUCCAUGAAGAGCCCCGUGAACAAGACGGCUCUCACCCUCAUUGCUGUCAGCUCCUGCAUCCUGGCCAUGGUGUGCGGCUCCCAGCUCUCCUGCCCGCUGACGGUGAAGGUGACUCUUCAUGUACCUGAGCACUUCAUUGCUGAUGGCAGCAGCUUCGUGGUGAGUGAGGGGAGCUACUUGGACAUCUCCGACUGGUUAAAUCCAGCCAAGCUUUCCCUUUACUAUCAGAUCAACGCCACCUCCCCCUGGGUGAGAGACCUCUGUGGACAGAGGACCACGGAUGCCUGCGAGCAGCUCUGCGACCAAGAGACAGGAGAAUGCAGCUGUCAUGAAGGUUAUGCCCCAGACCCCGUCCAUCGUCACCUGUGUGUGCGCAGUGACUGGGGACACAGUGAAGGGCCUUGGCCCUACACCACACUUGAGAGGGGAUAUGAUUUAGUCACAGGAGAGCAAGCACCGGAGAAGAUCCUCAGGUCCACCUACAGUUUGGGUCAAGGCCUGUGGCUGCCGGUCAGUAAGAGCUUCGUGGUGCCUCCUGUGGAGCUUUCCAUCAAUCCUCUCGCCAGCUGCAAGACAGAUGUUCUGGUAACGGAAGACCCAGCAGAUGUCAGGGAAGAAGCGAUGCUGUCCACCUACUUUGAAACCAUCAAUGACUUGCUCUCCUCCUUUGGGCCCGUCCGAGACUGCUCCCGCAACAACGGCGGCUGCACCCGCAACUUCAAGUGUGUUUCGGACCGCAAGGUGGACUCCACGGGCUGCGUGUGUCCCGAGGACCUGAGGCCCAUGAAGGACGGCACCGGGUGCUACGACUACUCCAAAGGGAUCGACUGCUCCGAUGGCUUCAACGGCGGCUGCGAGCAGCUCUGCCUCCAGCAGACCCUUCCCCUGCCGCAUGACCCCUCGUCCAGCACCAUCUUCAUGUUCUGCGGGUGUGUUGAGGAGUACAAACUGGCCCCGGAUGGCAAGUCCUGCCUCAUGUUGUCCGACAUCUGCGAGGGCCCCAAGUGCCUGAAGUCAGAUGCUAAAUUCAACGAUACCCUCUUUGGGGAGAUGCUCCACGGCUAUAACAACAGGACCCAGCACGUCAACCAAGGCCAAGUGUUCCAGAUGACUUUCAGGGAGAAUAACUUCAUCAAGGACUUUCCGCAGCUGGCCGACGGCCUCCUCGUGAUCCCCUUGCCCGUGGAGGAGCAGUGCCGCGGCGUCCUCUCGGAGCCCCUGCCCGACCUCCAGCUUCUCACCGGAGACAUCAAGUACGACGAGGCAAUGGGCUACCCCAUGGUGCAGCACUGGAGGGUCCGGAGCAACCUGUACAGAGUGAAGCUCAGCUCCAUCACCCUGUCUGCAGGCUUUGCAAACAUCCUCAAGAUCCUGAGCAAGGACAGCAGCCGGGAGGAGCUGCUCUCCUUCAUCCAGCAGUUUGGCUCCCACUACAUCGCGGAGGCGCUUUACGGCUCCGAGUUCAGCUGCACCAUCCACUUCCCCAGCAAGAAGGUCCAGCAGCAGCUCUGGCUGCAGUACCAGAAAGAAACAACUGAGCUUGGGAACAAGAAGGAAUUGAAAUCCAUGCCAUUCAUCACCUACCUCUCGGGCCUGCUGACAGCACAGAUGCUCUCUGACGACCACCUCAUCUCAGGUGUGGAGAUCCACUGUGAGGAGAAGGGGCGCUGCCCAUCUACCUGCCACUUGUGCCGGCGCCCGGGCAAGGAGCAGCUCAGCCCCACGCCGGUGCUGCUGGAGAUCAACCGCGUGGUGCCCCUGUACGCCCUCAUCCAGGACAACGACACCAGGGAGCAUCAAGUAGGAGGCCUGGAGAUGGCCCCAGUCAGCAGCAGUGGCCCUGGCCCGUGGCACAAGCAAGGCUUGCAGAUGUCCGAGCCGAGCACUCCGCCCCUGCAGUAUGAGCCCAGCAAGAGCACUUUGUCCAGGGAGCUGGGACGGCACCGCAGCCGUCUGGCAACGGGAGCCGUGCGGAUACUGGCCAAGUCUCCUACCUCCAAGCACAGCGUCCGCAGCUGA